AUGAAGCAAAUACUUUGGAAAAAUGAACAGAACUCUGCUGGAGAAGAAUGUGCAACUUUUUUCCUUAGGGCUAUUGGUCUUAGGGAGUAUUCUCGUUAUAUCUGUUUUAACUUCCCAUUUACUCAUGAAAGAUCAUUGCUGAACAACUUGAAUUUUUUCCCUUGGCAUGCUAACGUGGCCCAUUUUAAGGCUUGGCGACAGGGUCGAACUGGUUAUCCAUUGGUUGAUGCUGGAAUGAGAGUGCUUUGGGCCACUGGGUGGAUUCAUAACAAGAUUAGAGUAAUUGUUUCGAGAUUCUUUGUCAAGUUUCCUAUUUUUCCUUGGCAAUGGAGAUUGAAGUAUAUCUGGGAUACACUUCUGGAUGAAGACUUGGAAAGUGAUGUCCUUGGUUGGCAUUAUAUUUCAGAUAGCUUGCCUGAUGGGCAUCAACUUGAGCAUAUGGGUAGUCCACAGGUCUAA